GGCACACUUGAACCGAGCUGCUCUAUGAAGGUAGGCUGCAGCGUGUGUUUAUUGAUGAGAUGAAAAGAAGAUGGAAGUGAGAAAUGAAACAAAGUAAAGGAACAUAUUAAAAACAAACUAUACGCGCUUCGUCGGGGGAAACAGGGGGAGCCGUGGAAACGCUGUCGCCACUUUUUAAACGAGCUUCGAAGUGCAGGGAAACACAUGAUUUGGACAGAGAGGACUGACAGCCUUGCCUAGCGCCCGGCCUCUGAUCAGCCAUCUCCACCAGCAAACUGAAGCUCGACCCGCACUUCAUCACCAGCCACACAAGCAUCUUUGGAACAAAACGUCAUCUAACUGUGACAUCAGUUGCAAGGGGAUGACCGAGCGCAUUCAUAACAUCAAUCUCCACAACUUCAGCAAUUCUGUACUUGAGACCCUCAAUGAGCAGCGCAACCGUGGGCACUUCUGUGACGUGACUGUUCGGAUCCAUGGAAGUAUGCUGCGAGCUCACCGGUGCGUGCUGGCUGCUGGAAGCCCCUUCUUUCAGGACAAGCUGCUCUUGGGCUACAGCGACAUUGAGAUCCCCUCUGUGGUCUCAGUGCAGUCCAUCCAGAAGCUGAUUGACUUUAUGUACAGUGGGAUUCUGCGGGUGUCUCAGUCAGAGGCCCUGCAGAUCCUCACUGCUGCCAGCAUCCUACAGAUCAAGACCGUCAUUGAUGAGUGCACUCGCAUCGUGUCCCAGAAUGUGGGCCUGGCUGGGCCAGGGGGGUUCCCUGUCAUACCGGGAGACUCUGGUCAGGAUACACCCCGUGGCACGCCAGAGUCCGGCACCUCUGGGCCCAGCAGCGACGCAGAGUCAGGUUAUAUGCAAGCAACAUCACAAAGCAUGGAACGUGCAUACACAUCACUGUACUCCUACCCCGGCCUCACUCUGCAGAACGGCACCCGCGAGCGACCCCUGUACAUGAACCCCAUGGCAAAUUACGAUCCGACCCUCAGCACUCAGAAGGACCAGCAAUCUCAAGACCCGCCCUGGAUGAACCGCAUCCAGGAGAGGUCUCAGCAGGUCGACCGCUUCAUCACAGCAGAGUCCACCCACUGCCGCAAGCAGCCCCGACCGGUACGCAUACAAACAGGAGGGGUGCACAUAAAGCAGGAGGCCGACGACGAGUACAGCUGCUACGACACUUUGGUGGACUGCCACGACGACACUGACCAUACUGAGGGUGUAGAGAGUGAAUCCAAGGUUGAAAGUUUUGACUCAGGGGUGAGCUCGUCCAUCAGCACUGAGCCAGAUGCUAUGGAGCAGCAGCCGUACCUGGGCUUCAGCCGAGAAGGGGGCGGGGACGGCCAGCAAGGUGAGGGAGGUCUGGUGCAUAUAGAGGUCAACGACUCGUCCCCGGAGCAUGUGCAAGACACGGAUGAUGGGGACACCCACAGCACUAGUGACAGUAGCAUGAUGCAGCCCCUGCCAAACUCAGUCAUGCCCCUGCCAGGUGCCCCGCACUACAUGCGCACGACAGAAUCACACACCAGCAACCUGAGGAUGCCGCUCACCGUGACCAGCAAUCCCCAAGUGAUGGGCACCGCUGGAAACUCCUUCCUGCCCACACUCUUUCCUACACAGCAGGCCAGAGAAAACAAGCCUUUCAUUUACCUUCCCGGCCAGCAGCCAUCCCAGUUUGUGGCCGUGCAGCCCCCUGCUAUGCCACCAUUCCCGAACCCCAUGUCGGUACAGCAAUCGCCAAGUCAGCAGCAACAGGUCGCAGGAGGACUUGGUCCGGGGGAGAAGAAGCCCUAUGAAUGCACUCUCUGCAGUAAAACCUUUACUGCCAAACAGAACUACGUCAAACACAUGUUUGUCCAUACUGGUGAGAAGCCUCAUCAGUGCAGCAUCUGCUGGCGCUCGUUCUCCCUGAAGGAUUACUUAAUCAAACACAUGGUGACACACACAGGGGUGCGGGCCUACCAGUGCAGCAUCUGCAACAAGCGCUUCACCCAGAAGAGCUCUCUCAAUGUCCACAUGCGGCUGCACCGUGGAGAGAAGUCCUAUGAGUGCUACAUCUGCAAGAAGAAGUUCUCACACAAGACCCUGCUGGAGCGGCACAUGGCCCUGCACAGCACAGGCAGCGCCAUCACAGGGCUGUCGGGGGGCGCAGGCAACCCGGGCCCCGUCUCCAUUCCCAUGCCUCUGGCUGUCCCUGAGCCGGGAGCAGGAGUGGUGGCCCUCGCCAUGCCAGUGAGCGGAGGUGCUGGAGUAGGGGCUGGGGUUGGAACAGGAGUGGGUGUAGCGGCAGAAGCCAGCUGCCAAGAAGGGACCACCUACGUGUGCUCCGUCUGCCCUGCCAAGUUCGACCAAAUGGAGCACUUCAAUGACCACAUGCGAAUGCAUGUCUCCGAUGGAUAAGUACUAAUAGAUAAACUUCUUUCAAAAAGAAUGACAAAUAAAAUGGCACUAGAUUUUCCUUUUCUUAUUUUGAGGUAUGAAGAGUAAUGAGUAUAGACACUGGCACAUUAAGUUUCCCAAAAAAAAUCUUUUUUUUUUUUUUUUUUUCUGUUAUUCUAAAAGAAAAAAAAGAUGGUGGCCUUAAGGCUUAGUAGUUUGAUAUUGAUCUACUGGAUGGAUCCUAACUACAGGCCUCUAAAUGUAUGCUUUCCUAAAAUACUGAUUUAUGUGUUGAACACUACCGAAAGGCCUACGAAAGAAACACCUACACACAAACACACCUUUAGAGUAGAUGAGUCUGAAUGGAUAUACGUGUGCGUACAUGUUGGAGUGUUUGCUUAUUUGCAUGUUACUGUCUGUUUGUCUGUGUGUGUCUGUGUCUGUGUGUGUGUGUGUGUGUGUGUGUGUGUGUGUGUGUGUGUGUGUGUGUGUGUGUGUGUGUGUGUGUGUGUGUGUGUGUGUGUGUGUGUACAUUGCCAUGAAACAUAAAUCAUGGCAGUUGUGAACCCAUACUGACCAGUUUGGAACAUAUAGAUGUCCAAGCUUACUGUGGUAUAAUUAACAUCAACAAUAACAAAAAAAAUCAUCUGGGGUCGGGCUACAUAUUCCCUCUAAAAUAUACUGAUGGUCACAAGAUUGCCUUCUUAUGUAAAAUAAAAAAGGAGACUAGUUAAUUUGACACUGGGCUUUAUUUAUUCCUAUGGUAUUAAGGGAUUAUGAUGCAGCUGUUGUCAAGGUACCAAUUUCAAUCAUUUUACUGAAAUGUAAUUUCCUGUCCGUGGCGACAGGGACAAAUAUUUCUCAUAUGUUUUGUAAUUGUUGUCCAUGCAUUUUGGUGGUUUACUAAAUUAGGGUGUGUUGAUGAGACAGUAUUUGAGCAAAAACAUGUUUCUUUUUUUCUGAAGUUUGGAGUUUAACUCAUUUGCAUACACUGCCACUAAUAUCCUAAAAGACUGUUAAGGCUCAUAGACCUCUUCCAUUUCAAAACAUGAGAAAAAAAGAAAGAUUGUUUUGCUGAUGGUUUAUGUUAGCCUUUCACGUUCACAGUUAUGGCAGGCUGGCAAAAUGCAACUAAACUCUCUCCUUCAUAAUUGCUGCUCCUCAACUUGCACCUUACUACUAUGGGAUGUAGAUUAAAAUCGUCACUCUAAGUGUUGUUAUUGAGUAGCCGACGUGGCUGUAAUUUGAUUAUCUAAUUAUAAUACUUGGGGGGGGGGGGUUUAUGGGUGUUGUUGAUUGGAACAGUGUAAAAGAGGGAGGGAUUAUAUUUGACUCAAUCGGAAAUAAAUGCCACCCUGAUCCAAGAAGCGCUGUACAACCUGUUCAUUACUAUUGCAAAGCCAUUUCAGUAAGUGGGAGCUAAAUGCAUUACUCUUCAUGUAUCGGCUCUCCCUGAAGGCAGAAAUGGCAUGCAACGUUUUGAAAGGAAAUACAGCCUCAAAGCAAAAACAAGUAGCUCCAUUGAUUUCACACUGUUUCGUGAUAUACCACAACCUGCAGAUGGACUUUCUACACAAUAGAAUACAUUCCUGAAUUUUCUAAAAACCUAGACACAGCAUGUACAGAAUAGAUUUGGAAGCUAGUUGUCAUCCAUGCAUUACAUCACAUUAGGCUCAUUUCUGAUAAUUGACUUGUUUUGUAUUGCUUUUUAUUCGAUAUAGGACACACACACACACACACACACACACACACACACACACACACACACAUGCAACUGCCUACAACUGCAAUCUGAAGGAUUUGCUCAUUUAUGUGAGCGAACACUUUCGUAGUUGUAUUGUUAAAAGAAUAAAUAACUGCAUACAGGGGUCUUAAAAAGACCUGCUGUUGAUUUAAAAAAAACAAAAAACAAAGUGCUACUUUGCACAUUUUCUUAAAUGCCUGUGCUUACUAUUUAAUCGUUUUCCUUUCAUGAACUUCUAUGAUUUUCUUUUAUUCAAUUUCAAAGGAAAAAAAAAAACAUUUUUUAAAUCUUGAUAAGUGGACUGCAUUAUUUACUUGCAUAUAUGUUGCACUGCUUAAACCAAUAAGUGCACUACUGUUAACAGAGAUAUUAUAGUUUUAGAAAAGAGGAUUUUUUUUUAAAUCUAACAUUUGGUUGUAGAGUUCACAUGUAAUAGAAUAGCUUUGUUUCAAUUUAUUCAUUAAGUAAUUCAGCGGUUCUUGGCUUUUGUUAUUGCUUGCACUUACCUACAGUAUAUCCUCGUGCCGUGUUAAUGCAAGCAUUUAUUUUUAUUUAAAUAUGUACCAUUAUGUGUGCUCAUCUAUCUUUUAACCUUUGAAUUCUUUCUUUUUACGGAGUCAGCUCCCUAUAACAGUUAUCAAUCGCAUUUCUUUAGAAACAGACAGAACUUUCCUCUGAGAACAUCCAAGCCAAACAACAGUAACAGUGAAACCGUUUUAACAAACGCAACUCCCGUCCAACUCCGUUGGCGGAGGUCAUAAUAAUAACUAUUAUUAUAUGAUUAAUAAUAAUACAUUUAUAAUGUGUGUGUGUGUAACAUAAAUGAUAUGUGUGUCCUAGAACAAUUUUCUGUGGGUGUGGGGGGUGAUGGAAUGCAGCUUCUUUGAUAUGUGUCCGUCAGUCGUGUCCCUUCCUUAGUGUUCGUAUGUCUGUGAGUGUCUGUGCGGUAUAUAGCCUAAUCAAACUGUUAAUAAGUGGAAUACCUGAACUGUAGGGCUUCCUUUGCAAUAUGCAGCGCAGGUACUAUGAGAAGCAGCUCUCCAAACCUUUUGGGCUAAUACGGCACCUGUGACAUAUGUUCUGAGAUUUGAGGAAAGCUGAGGUCAAGUACUCUUGUACUUCAUUGUUCCCAUUUGGAGGAGUGAUACCCAGUGUUUUGAAGUUUCAUAUAAUUGCUACUAGAUUUCCAAUCCCUGUGGAAAUGAAGUCAAGUGUUGAACAUGUGAGACCUGAGGAGACUCUGUGUUCUGGUUUCUCCUCAGCUGAAGAGAGUGGACACACGUGAGGAAUAUAGUGAACAAGCAGGAGGUUAGUCCUCAGUAAAAGUAGCACAUUAUUUAACAUUUGAUUGGGCCUGUCUCCUAUGGUGUGCAUAUAAGCCUAAACUGUAUGGUUCCUGUUUGUAGCUGUUGUUGCCAGGAUGGCAAUAUUGCUGCAUGCUAGUGCUAUAUUUGUCUCUACACAGCACGUGGAGGGUAAUCUCAUGCCUUAACAGACAAUGCACUAAAUAGAAAAUGUUAGCAACUGCCGAGAUCUCUUUCCAACAGUACUGCCACAUGUAUGGCACACAGCUCAUGGUGUUGGUGUUUGUUGUCUGUUCAGUAUACCAAGUUAAACACUGCCAACUAGCAUCAUCACUUCUUCGAAAGCAAAGGCAGAGACAUGAAUUGUUUCAAUAACGUGUAAUGUAUGUAUUCAGUAAUCGAGCAUUCCUUCAUGGCACCUAAAUUUUACAUAUUUUGUGUAAACACAUAUAUCAAAUGCACUAUUGACUGUAGCUAGAUGAGUACAACCAGCUUUGUGGUAUCAUUGGUCUAAAUAGUAGGUUAAGUAGCUCGUUGUUGGUUUUUUGAAAUAUUUGAUUUCAGAAUUACACUAUCAAUUGUUUCUCUAUUUUUUUCAUAUUUUUUGGAUUAACAAAAGUAGCCGAUCUCGACGUUAUCCGGAUGAGGGCUAAUAACUCGUCCCAUGGUCAGUUGACUUGUUGUAUCAUAAGGUGUUUGAGGCAGACCAGGCUUGGAUAACACCCUGUCUGCGGUGUGUCAUAACGUGCUAUAGCAUCCCCCUACCCUGUUGCAUUAGCAUCACACGCUCUUCACUGUCCAUAGUUAUAUAUUCCUUAUACUGCUUCAGCUACUCGUGGUGGUGCUUAAUUCUCUUUUCUCCGUGUCGCGAAAAAGUUGGUUGAAAAUUGUUAAAGGUUGCAACAUUUAUCCAGAAAAUAAGUCCUUAUCUCAAUCGUGCUUCUUCUAGUUGUUAGUUUAAAAGAAAAAAAAAGUCUAGACUUUAUGUUUGCAAAGUGUUUGCAUAUUUUCCAGAACAAAACAUAUUGAAAAGUAGAUACUAGCCUUGAGCCUGCAGCUGUUUGUAUUGUGUUUCAAAUAUAUUACUGUUCAUGUUUUGUUUAUCUAGUGUAGAGACACAGGGUCUACAGUACAUUGUUGUCCUUCUUGCAGUAUGUUUAAUUCAUCGUUAUACUUCUUUAUUUCAGACUUCCUCCUGCUUUUUUUAUGGUGAUCAUAGUGGUGUUGUUUAUACAUACAUAGCUUCACGCAACUGGAUAAAGGAUAGUCAGUUUUUGAGUCAUAUUUCACAUUGUACUAUAUAUGCCUAUAUGCUUUGCAUUGAGAUGAAAACAAGGAAAUGGGAGAUAGUAAUGGUGAGGGUGAUGUUGAGUAAGGAACAGGUUCAUUUUAUUCUGAUAAGCAUGCGUCUGUCUUCCUGUUUGUCUUUCAGUCUGUCUCCACACAGUUUUAGUUUUUCCAGCUUGAAUAAAGUCACAAAGAGUAGAGUACAGAAAACACGUUCAGAUGAUACUUAACUGCAUUUCUUUUUUGGGCCUUCUACAGUACACAAGAAUGACAAAGAUAACUUCUUACAGAUAUAGUAUAUAUAUUUAAGUAUCACCGUUGCCACACAGAUGGGGAAUACAUUUCAAAUACUUUGAUAAAGACAGCUAGAGUAUACAGUACCUUGUGGGAUAUAGGGAAUAUGACUAUCAAGUGCCUAUCAGUACAUACAGCAACUAUACAGAAUAUUCAUAGUGUUUCUCUCCUACAUUGCACAGAUACAGUAUAUACACAAUGGUCUAUUAAAAAAUACUAUUUAUACUAUUACUGCUAACACCCGGUGGUUGUGAGUGCAUCCUAAGAGAACCCUUUAAUACCUGAAAUGUUCUAUUCAUAUACAGUAAAAAGCUACAUCUGCAAGUUUUAUUUUUAUCUUACAUUUAUACAGUGUGGAGGAUUCAAAGAUUGAAAAGAUUGAAAUGUAAUGAUCUAUUUAUUUCUUUGUUUCACGUUGCUCUCUCUCAUUGAUGUUUUUAGCCAUAACCUGUGCUGUGUGUCUGUGGGGAAAGGGCAGUGGCACUUUGUGAACAGUGGAGGGAGACACACGUCAAGCGUAAUAGAGGAAGUUAACGCUGCCUGACACAACAUUGGGGGAAAAAAUCAACUAUUUAGAAUUGUUUUAAUUAGUUUUUGGUAAAUAUCGCCACUAUUUAGAUUGUUAUAACAUAUCUAAUCGUGGUAUUAGAUUCAUCCGCUUGCAAAUACUUUUAAUUCAUUCAAUUCUCAGAGUUUAUUUGUUUUCCCCCAGGCAGUAGGAACUGGCAGCUGCUAUGAUUUCAAAGUACACCCUGUGUCCUUUGACCUUGAUGACGGGCUUUUCCACAUGCAAGCCGAUGCCCGAUUUCCCCAUAAACCACCAUAACAUUUUAAUCUUAUCUGACAGCAUUGUUGUUUACGUGCAGCUUGAAAAAUGGCAACGGGGAAGCAAUGAGCAACGUGAAGAAAAGAAAGUGGUCAUUUUAUAUAUUUUUAACCUCUGCUGUGUUUGGAGGAAAAAUGACAUUACAAAUUGCCAUCAGAGAACACACACUGCAUUCAAAUGUGUUUCAUUGGUUUGUUCGACAACAUGAAAACAAAGUAGAAUAAAAAGGCAUAAAUCAAGUUUGAGGACUGGAGUGGCUCUGAGAUAAAAGGAUUUUGGGAUGGAUUAUUAUUUUGUCCCCUGUGGACUAAUUACCACAGAUUUCUCUGUAACCUUCUCCAGCCUAGUUACUGCGCCAAAUUUAGGAAAGAAAAAAAGACACUUUUGUUAAAUUAGAUGAGAGAAAAAAGUGGGCAGAAAGAGAAAUACAAAAUAUGAAAUAAAACAAAUCUGCAGAACUCGAAAUAUAAAAGAAUCUGAGUGAUUGCGUUUAGUUUGAAUCUUUAAAUCCUCCAUAAUACAAGAAUACAUAGGAGAAAACAGCUAUGAUUAACAAAUACAUUUUGAAGGCUUAGUUUCAUAGACGUUUACUAUAAAAUAAAAUAAAAUGAAGCAUUAGUAAAAUAGGCAAUGUGAUAUAACUAGUCCCUGUCAUCCAACCGUCACACUAUGACGCACACACACAGCAUCUGCUCAGAUCUUACCGUCAACCAUCCAGAUUUUUUAUUUUUGAGCUUUACACACAAACAGUGAAGCAGCUGUUCAGAUUUUUAAGUAGGACACAGUUAGCCUAAGCUAUAACAACAUCUAUUAUCUCUAUGAUGCUUUCUCCGAACAUGCAGUUAUUACCCUGGUGAGGUUUUUAAUAAGGAUCUUCAUCGGGUCACUAUCAUCCGUCAGUCCAAAGGAAGCAUGCAGUCCUGUCAACCUUUUGAUUAACCUGUAGGGGAGAACUUUGUUUUCAAUGGAGCUAAAUUUAUCAUUUAAAUGUCCCUGUAUGUUUUUCUAUCACAAGAAUUAGUAGACUUGAUUUAGCGUCUAUAUUUUCUCACUCGCUGUAUUUUCUUUUUGGCUGAGUCCGGCUUGACGAUUGGUUUUAAAGUGUGUUAACGAAAAACAUGCAUUCCUGUUCAAGUCCAGAGCAUUCCAACUCCUAGUCUGGCAUUCAUUUAUCGCACUUAAAUUAUCAUUAAGGAGGAUUUCCAGCACUUAACAGCUUUACACAUCUGUUGGAUUCUUGGUCAUGUAGUAGCAAACAUUGCCCAUUACAUCAAGGUUUUGUAAAAUGUAUAUUUCCCAAGAUUUUUUAUUUCAAAUCUCAUCUCGCUGUUAAUUCAGAUUUCUUGUCUGGAGCUUUGUGAGGGCCGGUUCUAUAGACAACAUGCACUAUGCUAUUGCUCUGUUUCUCUAUGUAGGUCUCUCUUUCAUAGUGCACGGACAUUAAAUACACAAAAGGAUGUUGGUCACUGUCUCAGCCAGCACGUAGUCUGACGUAAAGGACUCUAAAACAUUUAGCACUGUAAUGUACCUAAACCUUUAAAGCGGGGCCAUGCCAAUCAGUAGAAGUAACAAAACAAAAAAAAAAACUGUACUAGACAAUGUUUGUUUUUAUAAACCAAAGAAG